AGACUAACGCCAAAGGCAACGAACAUGCGCUGCAUGCUAUUCAUAACAGGACUCAUACUAAGUCAUCGCCCACAACCCGUCCAAUCGAUCAAGAUUACCGAUUUUACCGCGGUCAUUCCGGUUAUUAACCUAAGCAGAGAAAUCGCGUCGAAUAUUGUUCACACGUGGCAAUUGAUAGACGAUGAUAGCCCUCUUAUGCCGUUAAUUGGCGACAAGAUCAAGUAUGAUAAAAUCAUCGACAAAAUAAACCAAAUCAACCGCAAGAUCGACGACAUUGAGCACCAGAUCGUCAACAAGGUCGAACUAUCCGUGGCAAAUCUGUUUAGACAGCACGCAACCUUCGCCAAACUGGAGCAAAACCUCCAAGAGCUCGCCGACUUGAUGCAUCGAAUCAAAAGCCGGGACCGGCUCAUGCGAUCGUACUUGGAUUCCGAGGAGCAGCUCGAACGGCACACGCUGGAGACGUUUGCCAGCAGUACCGUGGCGCAGGACGUCAACAGCGUGCAGGAACUGUUGUCGCGGAUCGAGCUGCUGGUGCUGGGACCGCAAGAUUUGCCGUUCCGAAAGCUCGGAACGCUGGAACUGAUGCUCGAGGCAACGAAGGAACCCGAUUCCGUGUGCAGCUUUGGUCUGUCGGAGCAGCAGGUGCUGUACGAACUGUUCAAUACCAUCUCGAUCACCGAAAUCAAGGGGUACAGCAUGAUGCAGUUCUCCUGGAUGUUACUGAAGGCGUACGGCAAGGGUAAUUUCACCGCCGAGGCCAAGCUGAUGCGCCGACGGUUCGAGGAACGCACCAACCAAACCCAGCUGCUGCUGCAGCAGGUCAUGAAGCAAGCUAGUCCCGCGUACUGGCGCUGUGACCCGGUGCAGAGACAGCACAAGGAAGGGGAAACGUUUGUGCAGCUCACCCGGCUGUUGCAGGGAUACGUGGAGAACGAGGUGGCCUUGAACACGGACAACACGUGCAAGGAGACCUGCGGGUACUACAGCUGGGGUGUCCAACAGGAGCGGUGCUACAAGGAUACGUACUGCUCGAAGCAGUCCAAAUGCUCGGGAAAGAUCUACGACUGCGACUUUAUCGAUUCGCACAUGUGGAUCUGUCCGGCGGCGAAGAACAGCAAUCGUCGGUACGAGUACGUUGAGUACGAGAACGGAAUAGUGCUCGGGCAUCCGAAACAAUGUGCCGGUGGAACAACCAAGGUGGAAUCAUGGUGGCGCUGGCUGAUCUGGCGUUGCAGCUACUGUUUUUGUCUGUGCGAUGACGCCGGCAGGAACUCCGAUCGGUACAUCAACAUGCGCGAGUCGGUGUCCGACGUUAUGAAUAACAAGGUCGUCACCGGCAUGCGCUUCAUAAAGAAAAGCCAGAUCAUUCACUUGAUCGUUCAGCAAGGUCGUCUGCUGCCACAAGGACAGAUCGACAAUGGCACGCUGGAGUGGGUACAACCACACAACUACACCGUGAUGUCGAAGAAUGUUCGCAACGGACGGGAUUACCACACGCUGAACCGUAAUAACCGCAGCUUGGAUCUCGAUGAUCUGUACGUGCCUCAAGGGUACGUAUUGACUGGGGUUCGCUUCCGACUGUUGGGCAACCAUCUCAACCUGGAGAUUCGGAUGACCGAGAUAGACUUCGCUACGGGUCAGUUGAUAGAUCCCGACAAGAGUAUCUGGACCGGUAACGACAAUACAGAGCGCAGCGUUAAUAAAAGAACCGAACUCAAGCUGGAUCAACCGAACGUCCCACUUCUGUCGCCCCUGAAGUCGGAACCAAACUUCAUCAGCAACCGGUUUAUUCGAUUUCGCGAGAGUGAUCGUCGCACGGACGCCGCCCAGACCACGGUUCCGUUCUUCGAUGCCCAGCCGGUGGCUCCAGUUAAGCCCGUUCCCCUGUCCGGAGCUGGUCUGUUCCACAAGGGUCGACCCAAGUUCGGUGGCUUUGUCGCGCCCAAGGUGACGACGUACGACUUCGGUCCGCACAUAGUGGCUCCGAUUGGGGAGGCGGAAGCCGAAGCACAACGAUUGAAGACCUUACCCUAGAAAAAAAGCAAGUUGAAGGAUCAUAGAAACGGUGCUCUAAUCUGUGGGUACAUGCUUUAAAUAACGUGACGCAUUCUUUAGAUUUUUUUAAAUUUAUCUGCUUUUCUAAUCUAAUCUAAUCUCAAGCAGCCUGGAGAAUGCUAGGGUAA